UAUUAGCAAACUGGUCGCCAAAUCGACUUAAAAACUUGUUCUUAAUAUAACUCAAAGCCGAAAAUGCUCUUUUUACACUUGGAGGAGUAAUUGGUAGAUCAAAACUAAUGGAAUUGCCAUUGUCACUAGACAAUUUCAGGGUUGUUGGGGAAAGAUCAAAUAGGCAUAAGGAGAAAAGAGACCCGAUUAGUUCUUUAUUGCAAUUGGAAUUUCGUUUAUUGUAUAAUAAAUUAAUUUUAUGUCAAUUUUGGACAAGUAAUGAGUUGUGUUAUAGUGACAAAGUACUCUAAUACUACCUAUACGUGUUGUGUUCCCUCACCAAUCUACACAUAAUAUAAUACACCGAAGGGAAAAACGGGAGCCCCAUUUCAAAUUUCCUGCAACGAGAGUGAAAGUAGGAAGGACAUUUUGGUCUUCACAAUUACUUUUUUUUAUUCAUUAAAAAGGUGUGUACUGGGAUUCGAACCAUGACCAUUUUAAAAAAAGGCAAGGAUCAUAACCAAUCACACUAAGUACAUUUGUUGUAUCCUUUUAAAUUAAAAACAUAUAAUAGCAGGGUGGAAAAAACUCUUCCCCCAUUUCAAAUUCCCUGUUCCAUGAGCGUUUGUAGGAAGGGUAAAAUAGGGAGUGUCAAUUUUUUCUCUUUCCUCUAUGGAAUGGGCCAACUUACCGUACACAUGCGGAUUUAAAUGAGUCAAGGAGUGUCAAUUUUUUUCUUUAUACCCUUUUAUUUAUCCGUGGUGAUAAAAUAUAUAUGAAAAGGCAAAAAUAAUACUCCUUUUUAUUGUUAAAAAUAAAAAAUUUAACAAUAGACUAAUGCAUGGUAUCUAAUGGGCUAACCGCUAACCAUAAAAUAAAAGAGUUGAAUGGGCCUGACCUACAUGGGAUUUGGUCAUCAAGUAAAACAAAUGAACAUCAUGGGUUUGUCAUUCUAAAACAAGCUAUUUUCUCUGGCAUAAUAUAUAUUAUGCUAUUAUUUUAUAUCUUAGUGGCUAAAAUAUAAUGUAUUUUAAAGUUAUUCAAUGGUUCAACCUCGACCAACCCAAUUAGUCCAAUUUUUAUCAUUUCAAAUAUAUAUUUUAUAAUUAUUUGACAUCAUAAUGAUCUAAUUAUAGUGUAUUUUAUAGGGAAUCGUUUGGUAUUUGUUAGUAAAAAACUAAACAUAAAAAUCUAUUUGGUUAUUUUAAACAUUAAAACGAUCCUCAACAUUUUUAGUUCCUUUUGAAUUUAUAUGGUUUUAUUCCCGAAUAAGUGAUGUGCAAAUGGCGAAUUGUAGUCGUCUUUUUUCAUUCACUAUUUUUUUAUUUUCAAAUAGAAAGUUUAAAAGUAAAGAAUAAUUAGAAUUUGGCAUGGGUCGGUCAAACAGGUUGAAUUUCAAGUUUUGGCCCAUUUGUUUUAUGCAUUGCAAAUUUAUUAGCAUGUUGAUGGAAAUGGCUUGGAAAAAAGACAUAUAAGUUGUAUCUUUGCAGAAAUGUCCUCAAAUGUUUGAAUGCUUUGUGAAUCAGGUUCUGUGACUUUUGUGAUGGUGUAUGUGCUUGACGAUUGCUCGAUGUUGUAACUACUUAAUUUAAGAGUAAAUCUUUUGACUUUCCCUAUGAGUUGUGAUACCAGUUCUGGUGGUUGCAGCAUGUUGUCGUUGUUGGCCUGUAAAAGUUGUUCCGCCGUGAUGCUAAAUACCUUUCUUUCUUAUUUAACAAAUUGUGUAGUAGUGCUAUGAAACAGACCACCCAUGAACGCUACGCUUAUUAUGUUCUGUUCUUACUUCCGGUGGUGAGAAAUUGUGAAUGGAGAAUCAUAUUCGCCUACCGCACUGUGUCUGGUUGGUGGCUGCUUACUGUGCUCUCUAGAGUUAUGAAACAGACUACCCAUGAACUUUACCCUUAAGAGUCCACAACUUUGCGAAAAACCAAAUAUAGGCAAUCAAAGGUGGUGGAUGUGUGAUGAUUUUUUAUGGCUUAAUUGUUUGUGAAUUAGAUAUCUGAUCUUUGUAUGAUUAGAGGGGAUGUUUGCUUAAUAGAAUAAUCCAUUUUAAUUCAUGUUUAUUUUUAACAUGAACUUUAGUAACUCAAAACCUUUGAGACACAUAUCACCUACUGCAUUGUAUCAUUUUGCCUGGGUGCUUGCUGUGUUGUCAAACUUCUUUGCUGCUGAUGCAUUUACACUAACAGGGGAGUUAAGAACCCAUGAAUGUUUCCGUUUGACACAAACAAGAGGACUUACUUCUAAAUUGUGCACUAAAGAUGAUUGGAGGAAACAUCUCUGUUGCAGUUGAUACACUAGAGACCAUAACAAAAGCAACGUAUAACAUCAAAACCAACCAUCUGAACUAUUAGCAUUGUUGCUUUACUCUUUUUUCGUGGUUGAGUCUCCUUCAAAAAAUUUAGUUUGAUUUUAGAAAAUUUUGCUUCUACAAUCCUGUCUUGCCACCAACGCGUUCAGUAGAUGGAGAUGGCAGAGGCGAAGGCUAUUUUGUGUUGUUGUUGCUGGUUUAGGGAUCGGUUUGUGAAGAAGAGGGAGAAGAGAGGGGGAAAGGGAAAUGCAUGAGAGGGGGAUAACUCUUUUCUCCGACAAAAAUGGAGUGAAGAAAGGAAUUAUGAUCAGUAAGGAUAUGGUUAUCUUACAUAACUGUGUCUAUUCUGUUUGAAUUGAGCUUGAGAGGUAGUGAUAAGGACGAGCUGCAACCAAUUCAUAGUGAUAAGAGUGCUAUGAACUGUGAUCAUGUCUUAUUUCAAGUUAGAAGGUAGUUUCAGUAUAAGGAUUAUUUAAUUUGACAAGUUGUUUCGUCCAUGAUUCUUGGUAGUUUCAGUGCCAUUCUAGCCAUUGUUUAGUCUGUAAUUUUUUAGAAUUGAUGUGCGAGUAAUGACUUUCACUUAGCUUCAACUAUUAUGUGUGUAUUUAUUGGCAUGUGAUAGAAUUCUCUUUUCCUUUUCUUUGAAUUCAGUUUCAUACUCUAAUUGUAUCAUUUGUACAUAGGCAAAUCAUGCUCGAGAUGACAACUCGCUAAUAUGGCUGGUGCAAGGAAUGAAGCCAUCAUUAAAAUUUAGACCGACAACGGGGAGGGAUGCCCAGGACUAAUUCAAUGAUGAUUGAUGAUGGUAUGAUAAAAACUGCAGUCUGCAUCAGCACCAAUUUCUAGGCCUAGUAAAGUUAUUCAACCCAGAACUCUGCUUAGCGCUAAAAAUUGCCCUCACCCAACCUUUAUCCUGUUUGACCCACUUCUGAAGAGUCAAGAUAUAUUACUAAUUCUCUCCGUUCGUAUUUUCUUAUUGGCUCUUUCUGACCCUUUAGGUUGGGGCGGGUUGGGAAGAAUCGGAUUAGUGGGCCGGUCCUAAUCAAGUGGAAUCCCAAUCCCUUCACUCUCUCUUGUUUUCUCUCCCAUUCCACAAGUGGGUAACAUACAGUAAUCCGGCCAACGGGCCGGGUAAUAAGCUAGUCUUAAAAUAUAUUAAAAGGGUUUGAGAUUUUAACCCACUCCACAUACGCCAUAAACGAUUUUUAUCCAUCCACGUCACUAGGCUUUAAAUUUUAAACCUUUCUCUCUCUCUCCUAAAAACCGUUCCCAACAUGUCCCCUUCCUCUAUAAAACUCCUAAUAAGCCGCCUUAUUUUUGUAUUUUAAUUGUGAAAUUGAAUUUGUUAUUAUUUUUGUGAUAAAUAGAUAUGUUAAUAAUAAUUGUAUAAAAUUGUGGUAGUAGAGCAUGAAAUAAUAUUUUAUUUAUCCAAUUUUAACCCAAAAAGCUAACCUAUUUAAUUAUAAAAAUUAUAAAGGAAGACUAAUAAAAGCCGGAAAAUAAGAAUAAUUAUUUACUAAAAUCCCUUUCAUAAAAUGAAAAAUAACAUGUUAGAUAAAAAGGGAAAUAAAAUAAAAUAAAAAUACCCCUUAUUAAUAUUAUUCAAAAACAUAUUCCCAUUAAACCAUAACUCAAUUAUGUCAAAUAAUCUCAUAGAAAUCAAGUUAAAAGAGACACCAAAUUCGAUGACCAAAACCUUCAAAUCAACUAUCACAAAAACCUAAAAAAGCCAAAAGAUGUAAAAAAUGAAAUUUAUUUAUUUUAAAUCAUUUGAUCAUGUGUCUCAAAGGGACAAUUAUUUGAAAUGAUAAAAUGUAAUGAACCCGGCCAUCCGCCCGGGCACAAAGCUAGUAAUAUAUAUGGCGUAUUUUUGUUCCACCGAAAUUUACCUCUGUCCCGGGACAAGGCCAGAAGGCCCUGCCUCCGCCACUGAAAGAAGGCCUAUUAAAAGGAGAUGAAUGAAUUUAAUGGAAGAAGAAAAGAGUGAAUCGUUCGAGAGGAACGACUAGUUGCUAGAGUUUGUGUCUCUAAGAAAACGAGUAGUCGCUAAGUCGGGGGGUAUUGGAUGGGCAUGUAUGGGGUACCGGGCGGGUUCGGGGCGGAUAACACGAUAUCCGUACCCUACCCAUCCCCGACACUGUAGCUUUCGGGUUUUGCCCGUCCCCAACCCGAAUCCAUUCAAUGCGGGUUUUGCCCGCGUUGACCGGUUUGGGUUCGGGUGGAUAUCCGAACCUCAGAAUUUUUCUGCCACCCCUAUAUAAUAUUGUAAAAGAGUUAUAAAUAUAAUAUGUCACUAUACUGUUGGGUAAAUGCACAUUUGGUCACUGAAAAUUACUAAAUCAUGUCAUGUUUAGUCACUAGAACAAAUUAAUAUCAAUUUUGGUCACUCGAAUUACUGAAACAUGUCACAUUUAGUCAUUCUUCUGUUAGUUUUCGUCCAACUCUAUUAACUGUAAAUAUUAGUAUUUUCAUAAGCCUGAAGCAUCCACUCUUUGAGUUCUAUUAACUGUAGCUUCCGUUCCUCGCCCCCGAAUUUUUCAUUGAAGUUGAGAAGUUUAAUUUCCAAAUAUGUCUUGUGCUCCAUUUCCACCGGAAAAUGACAUGAUUUCCCGUCGGGUUAGAUCAGGUCCUUAAAACCCAUUUCUUAAGAAGGAUCUUAAACCCAUGUCAACCAAUAGGAGGAGGAUAGAGAUGAUCAUUAAUAAUUAUUGGCUAACUACCAAUAAGGGCAAGAAUGAAAUACAAUUAACAAUUAAUUACAUUAUUUAUAAAAAUGAAAAAACCAUUCUCCUCCUACGGUCUCCUUCCUCUGCGUACGCCGUUGAAGAUCAACUGCCUAGUCACUGUCGUCCUUUUCUAUCGAUUGUCGCACGCCGCAACUGACGAGGAUACUGCCGACAACCACAAUCGGUGUCUUUUGGCCACGGAUCUUCCGGUGAAACUUCUCACCGUCUCCUUUGAAAUCGCGGCGCCCCUUCUUCCACCACGACCGCCGUCUUAUAGUCGCGGAUCUGCGGUGAAUAAACUUGCCCGCCGUCUCCAUCAUCUACGCCGUUGAAGAUCUGAUUCGCUCCGUCUCGCCGUGUCUCCCUCAUUCGUAGUUGGAGGCGGAACCCCCACCGCCAUCAAGUUCUUCGACAAUCACCGUCAAUGGUUCUCGUCAUUAAUAAUUACCAUAUUAUGAUAAUAAUAAUAAUAAUAGCGUGAUUGUUUAAUAAUGUAUUAUUUUACAGGUUGACGACGUGGUUGAAUAUUAUUAACAUUUUGACAUUAAUUUAUUAAUAAUGUUGCUGAAAAACCUCAAAUUGAAGGCUCCUUUGUUUGUCCUAGCCUUGCCAAUUAAUAAUUAUCAUAAUAUGAUUAAUAAUAGCAACAGUGUUGGUUAAUAAUAUAUAAUUAUAUUGGUUGACAAUGUGGUUGAAUAUUAUUAAAAUCAUAACGUUAAUUUGUUAAUAACGUUACUGGAAAACCUCACAUUGAAGAUUCCGCUACUUGUCAUAGUGAUAUAGUUGUCGGUUAAUAAUCAUCAUAAUAUUAUUAAUAAUAAUAGCAUUGUCAGUUAAUAAUGUAUAAUAAUAUUGGUUGACGACGUGGUUGAAUAUUAUCAAAAUUGUAACGUUAGUUUGUUGAUAAUGGUGUCGAGGAUAUUGACACAAAUAAAAAUAUUAAUAAAAUUUCAUGGUCGGGUAAGAACAUGAAUACUGACACAGCUUGUUAGUUACCAAUUAAUGACUCCGAUGAUAUUGUUAAUAAUAGUGUAGUGGUAGGUUAAUAAUGAUUAAUAAUAUUGUUUGAUGAUGUUAUAAACUGUUAAUAACGUUGUUGAUAUUGAUAUAUACUCAACACUGCAGAUUUGAAUGAAAUACCUUGAGAUGAAAACUUCAAGGGGGCAAAAUGUUGGUAACAACUUGGCGGGAAGUCAAGUUGAAAUUGCAGUGGAUAUUGUGGGGAUGCAUGUUGAGUUGUUUGUUUUGCAUAUAUGAAAAGAAAAAAAAAAUUCAUGUGUCUUGAUCUUUUGUGUUUUUGAGUCUUCAUAGUUCAGAGUAUAAAUUGGGUACAUGAGUUUCCGAAUGAUGAUAGCUUUGUACCAGUCGUGGACAUUGCAAUUGAUAAUGAGAGUAAUAUGAACCAAUGUCUCAUCACUCAUCAGCAACAAAUCCUUCAGGGUUGACCUCGGUGUCUCCAAUCUCUCCUCCAGAAGCACAGUAAAAUUGUUGAUAGUGCAGUGAAUAAUAUUAAUAAUGCGUAAAAUACUAUUAAUAAUGAGCAUAGAUUGAUAAUAGUCCAUGUUAAUCAAGCCGAUAGAUUAAUAAUAGCACACGAUUCAAAAUGUUGCCAAUGACAUUGAAAAUAUUAAUAAUGGGUGAAGAAACAGUUGAUAAUGAACACAAAUUGAUAAAAGUACACGUUAAUUCAACCGGCAGAUUACUAGUAGAACACAAUUAAAAAUGUUGAUAAUCAUGUUCAAAAUAUUAAUAGUAGGUGAAGAAACGUUAAUGAUGGACAUAAAUUGAAAAUAUUAAUAAUGGGUGGAACACUUUCAAAAAUUACAAAUUGCAUAUAAAUAUAUUGAUAACCCAAGAGUGAACAAAGAGCAAUACAACCAUAAAAUGUUAAUAACAAAAACGGAACAUUCAU